UAAAUAAAUUUGUAUGCUGUUUCUCCCACAGGGUAAUUUAGAUUUGUUUAUCUAAAUAGCGAGUUGUUUUAAAUUAUUUAACAGUGGCCUAUUAUGUAUCGAAUUAGGUGUACAUUUAUUUUGAUCCAAAUGUUUCAUAAUACUGCUCAGUUUUUGGCUGAUUAACAUGUUGAUGCUCAAGUACCUAGAGUGUGUUUCAAUGAAAAUAAGAGAUUCUUGAGAAUAUAUGAAGUUCUCAGUAAUCUCUAGAUUUAGGAUAGAUGGUGAUAAAUAAUGAUUGUCCAUCAUGGUCUUCCACAGUAUGGUUAUGUGGCUGAUGCUGCUGACAAUGGUUUUGUUUUGCAAGCCAAUUCUCCGGUUUCAGUUAAUGGGAAUUCGACGAGAAGGAAAAAAAAUGGCUAUAGUCAUGCAAAAAGAAGGAUGAAUAGUCAAACCAGUAUGGCGCAGAGAGAAGAAAUCAUGAGGACCGUAUAUGUUUCUGAUAUUGAUCAGCAGGUUACUGAAGAACAACUUGCAGCUCUAUUUAUUAGUUGCGGGCAGGUUGUCGACUGUCGUGUCUGUGGUGAUCCCAAUUCUGUUCUCCGCUUUGCAUUUAUUGAGUUCAUGGAUGAAGAGGGUGCAAGGAAUGCUUUGGGUAUGGCAGGAACUGUCCUUGGUUUUUAUCCUGUUAGGGUGUUGCCUUCAAAAACUGCAAUUGCACCUGUGAAUCCAACAUUUCUACCACGUUCUGAAGAUGAAAGGGAAAUAUGCUCAAGAACUAUCUACUGCACAAAUAUUGAUAAGAAGGUGAUUUUGGAGUCGAAUAAAUUCUUUUGCUUUUUUGGUGAGUACCUGUUAGAGGAAAAUGAUAACCAUAUUUAUGCUUCCUAUCUGAUCCAGGUUACGCAAGCAGAUGUCAAACUUUUUUUUGAGACUUUCUGUGGAGAGCUCGCAAACGUAUGUCCGAUUCUCUAGAUAAUACCAUGUGUGGAGAUUCUAAACGUCGAGGCUCCCGGUCUGCUCUUGAUGCCUAUUUGCACAACAGACAUAUAAAUAUGCAGAACAAUAGCAGUGUAUCGUUGCAAUCUGUUAAAAACAAUAUGAUACUUGAAACCCCUGUGCAAUCAGUGAUCACGCAAGCAAGUAACAACGGAGCUCAAUGUCAAGAAGUUGAUAUGACACCAAUCCCUAUCUAAUAUACUUGCUGCCCACACUAUUCAAAGAAACUUUUUACGAUUCAAAAAUCAUCUUAUAUGUAUUCAAAUUCAAAUAUGUGAUUCAAGUCAUUCAACCAUCUUCGUGGUUCAUCAGGUUUGAUUUUAAGAUCGGAAACGAAUUACUCUCAGAGAUGCCUCCUUCUUCGGUAAACAAUGCGAUGAUAUGGUUCAAGAGAACGUGAUUAACGAGAGUGCUUUCCAGUUUUUGAUUAAUGCAUACAAGGAGUUUGAUUUAUAUUCUCUAUGAUUUUAUUUGAUUUUAAUGGGCAGUAAAAGCUCUGAGGAGAUAUAUUGUAAAAGAGUUGCUAAGUGGCUGCCAAUUGUUGUGCUAAAUCCAGACCAUGGACUUUGCUUAGUACUACCAACUUGAAUGACCAGGUUGGAAACAAAUCUCACGUGGCCAUUCAUCUUCUUUGUCUUACAAAAAGAGGUGAUUCAUAAAUCUAAUCCAGGGAUGCCCAUUGUCAAGAAAUUUUAAUUAUUGCAUGAUAAUGGCGACAAUUUGAUGAUUUGGCAAUGGAUGGUAUCUGCCUACUUGGCAAUGUAGUAGAGGGUCCUGCUAUUAUUACCAUUUGUAAGGGGCAUCAAUUUCAGGUGGAUUAGAUGCCACUAACUUAUUGA